UUUUUUCCUCACUCCCUGUCCACACUCUUCUCUGUCAGGUGUGAGUGAGAUACGCAGCUUUGGGCUAACAUCAGCAGUGCUUGUCCAUCUCCCGGUUCUAGUGACCACCGCUGUCCCAUCACUGGUGCCUGGCUAGCACUGAAGGCGUGUGCAGACAUUUAAAUGUUAAAACCAUGCCAUUUUUGGGUCAGGACUGGAGAUCUCCUGGAUGGAGUUGGAUUAAAACAGAAGAUGGCUGGAAAAGAUGUGAACCCUGGAGUCAGGAACUUGAAAGGGAGAAUAACCAGUGUAACAUCAGUCACAGCAUUAUCUUAAAUAGUGAAGAUGAAGAAAUAUUCAAUAAUGAAGAGCAUGAAUAUGCAUCCAAAAAAAGGAAAAAGGACCAUUUUAGAAAUGACACAAAUACUCAAUGUUUUUAUCGUGAAAAAUGGAUCUAUGUCCAUAAAGAAAGCACAAGAGAAAGACACGGCUAUUGCACCUUGGGGGAAGCCUUUAACCGCUUAGACUUCUCCAGUGCGAUCCAGGACACCCGAAGGUUCAAUUACGUGGUCAGACUGCUGCAGCUGAUCGCCAAGUCCCAGCUGACCUCGCUGAGUGGUGUGGCCCAGAAAAAUUACUUCCACAUUCUGGACAAAAUCGUUCAGAAGGUUCUCAGUGACCACCAAAACCCUCGCCUAAUCAAAGACCUCCUCCAAGACCUAAGUUCUACCCUUUGCAUUCUGAUCAGAGGAGUGGGGAAGUCUGUUCUGGUGGGAAAUAUCAACAUUUGGAUUUGCCGACUAGAAACUGUUCUCAGCUGGCAGCAGCAGCUACAGAAUCUUCAGAUGGCUAAGCAUGUGAGUGGCGGCCUGACACUCAGCGACCUCCCGGUGCACAUGCUCAACAACAUCCUGUACAGGCUCUCGGAUGGCUGGGACAUCGUCACUCUGGGGCAGGUGACCCCAACACUGGCCGUUCUCAGUGAGGACCGGCGGCUGUGGAAGAAGCUCUGCCAAUACCACUUCGCCGAGAAGCAGUUUUGUAGACAUUUGAUCCUUUCAGAAAAAGGUCACAUCGAAUGGAAGUUGAUGUAUUUUGCACUUCAGAAAUACUACCCAACUAAGGAGCAGUACGGAGACACAUUACAUUUUUGUCGGCACUGCAGCAUUCUCUUUUGGAAGUCUUGGGAGAGAAGUCCAGCUGUCCCACGGGCAACAGAUGCGCUGGGAGCCAGCGCUGCACACGGGCAGGCCCCCGUCUUCUCUGUCUCAGUGGAUUUGACUCCUGUAGACACACGUGUACCUGGAACCACACAGCAUCUCCUUCCCUCCCGUGGUAGCGUGGGUCAGGACCGCCUUCCCUCACAAGCUGCGAGGUGCUCCGUCGUGGACCAGACUAUGCUCAUCCCUCAUCUGUUGAUGCACUUGAGUUGCUUUCACCUUUUGGCUGCUGUGAACAUGGUCUACAAAUCUCUCUUCUACAAAAUGAUUUUCUUUCCUUUGGGUUUAUGCCUGGAAGUGGACUUGCUAGAUCAUGUGGUAAUUGUAUGUUUAAUAUUUUCAGGAACUGCCACUUUUUCACAGUGGCGGCACCAUUUUACAUUCCUGCCAACAGUGUGCAAGGGUUCAAUUUCUCUGCAUCCUCACAAGCACUUACUUUGUGGAGGUUUUUGGUUUGGUGGUCAUCCGGAUGGUGAUGUGACAUCUCACUGUGGCUGUGAGCUGUGUCUCCCUGGGGAAGAGUGAGGUUUAAGCAGUUUCUUGUGCUUGUUGGCCAUUUGUGUGUCUCACUUGGGGGAAAUGUCUAUUCAAGUCCAAUUUUAGUCGCGUUUUAUGUGUUUCUGUUAAAUAUAGAAGGAACUACUGCAGCUCUGGGUGUGUGUUACCUCAUCAGACGCGAUUUGAAAACGACUCCUCGCCUUCCCGAGGCUGCUUUCCGCUCUGCUGGCAGUGCCCUCUUACGCACAGGGCUCACACCUGGAUGUGGGCCAAGGCCUGUGCCUCCUGGUCACACCCAGGCACUCACGGGCAAGUCCAGUGUCUUGAGCUUCCACCCUGCUUCCUCUAAGCCUUUUAUAAUCAUAGCUGUUAGGUCUUUGAUCUGUUUUGAGUUAGUUUUUGCGUCUGGGGUAAGGAAGGGCCCAACCUCAUUCUCUUGCAUGAGGAUGUCUGGUUUUCCCCUGGUUCACAGGUGUGCAGGUGAGCUGACACCAGACCAUGCAUCGGACCAGUAGCUGAUGUUCCAGGUGGGCUCAGGUGGGGAAGCAGAUGAGGCACCUUCUAUUUCUGGUGAUUUGAUGCACCCUUGGGACUGCAGUCAGGGGGUCCAGCUCUGGGUAGCUGCCCAGUGACUUCCCUGUGGGCCCCAACCAAGUGUGGGUUUGGGGUCACUGUGCCAUGUGCUUGGCCCAGACAACAGCUCCCCAGGCCGUGGAAGGGGUCGCCUGCCCAUCCCACGGUUGCUGUCCAUGCUGCACCUGUGACCCCCAGGGGCCAGGGGCACCAGCCUGGCCUUCGCUGGCCCA